UGGUAAACGAAUGAUAAGCAAAAUGAUGCCAGGACUCAAUUUCAUCCGAGCUUUGCUCAUGUGAAUCACAAGCCGAGGAGUGCACAGUAACACAAGGGAAGCAAAAGAAAAAAAAGGGAGAUGUGACUUUGCAGUAGUUUCAUCAAUCCAUCUCCCUCAACGACACAGGAAAGAAGGAAAAGAAGAAGGAGAAGUUGGAGCAUCUGCUGGCCUUGAUUCCUAGCCUUUCUGGUUCACGAGAUCAAAUGGAAGAUGAAGAAGAAAGGUUCCGUCGGAAGAUUGGCCCAGGGUCGCACGAGGUUCGACUGCACAGUUUGUCGAGUACUAGGCGUCCCCUGAAGUCGUGGACUCCAGCCGCUGUUUUCGCUUCCUUUGUUGUGAUCGUCCUCUGUGGGAGCGUCGUCUCUUGGCUGGACAUUUUUGUAUUUCCAGGAAUUUCCUCGAGGCAAAUGAUUACAGCUAAGGGAGGCCAGGGAGAGCCACCUCAGAAGAUGGAAUUCCCUCUGAACUGCACCAAUUCAUCAACCGUGCCCCAGACAUGCCCAAAGAACUACCCGACGAAACAUGAGCCUGAGGAAUCAUAUGCCGUGGUAUGCCCUGAGUACUUCCGGUGGAUCCACGAGGAUCUACGGCCCUGGAAGAGCUUGGGGAUCACGAGAGAGAUGAUGGAGAGAACCAAAAACAUCGCCCACUUCAGGCUUGUGAUUAAGAAUGGCAAGGCUUAUAUAGAGCACUACAAGAGGCCCUUUCAGACGAGGGAUUUGGGCACCAUUUGGGGGAUUUUGCAGCUCCUGAGGCUGUAUCCUGGGAAAGUGCCGGAUUUGGAGCUCAUGUUCUAUUGCAACGACAGGCCGGUGAUCAUGAAAAAUCACUACCAAGGACCAAAUGCUGGGUCACCCCCACCGCUUUUCCACUACUGCGGGAACGGGACAUCGUUGGAUAUAUUAUUUCCUGACUGGUCAUUCUGGGGAUGGCACGAGGUCAAUAUAAGGACAUGGACAAAUACAUACCAGGCCAUCAAAGAGAAGGCAAAGGAAAUGGAAUGGAAAGAUAGGAUACCUUAUGCGUACUGGAAAGGCAACCCGGGCGUGUCGGCAAAUAGGCAAGGCCUGAUGACGUGCAACGCCACUGAAGAACAUGACUGGAAUGCUCGUCUAUAUGUCCAGAAUUGGGCAGCUGAAUCUAGGGAAGGAUUCAAGGAGUCGAGACUGGAAGAUCAAUGCAUCCACAGGUACAAGAUCUUCGUGGAAGGGAAGGCAUGGUCUGUGAGCGACAAGUACAUUCUGGCGUGUGAUUCGACGACUCUGUUGAUAGAGCCGGUUUAUCACGAUUUCUUCCUAAGAGGGAUGCUCCCAAUGGAGCACUACUGGCCCGUUAGGCUCAACAACAAGUGUAGAGACAUCAAGUUUGCAGUAGAAUGGGGCAACAACCACAUCAAAGAGGCACAAGCCAUUGGAGAAAGAGGAAGCAGAUUCCUGGGGGAGAAUCUGAAGAUGAAGUACGUGUACGACUACAUGCUCCACCUCCUCGUCGAGUACGCGAAGCUCCUCAAGUUCAGGCCAGAGGUGCCGGUAGGGGCGACCGAGUACUGCGCCGAGGCGAUGGCGUGCCCGUUUGGCGGCCUGUUCAGGAUGAACAUGGAGGACUCCAUGGUGAAGUCCCCCAGCGAGUCGCUGCCUUGCGCGCUGCCGCCUCCUUACGACCCGAGAGAGCUUCAGGGCUUCAUGGAGAGGAAGAGGAACUAUACCAGGCUACUGGAGGAGUUGGGAGGCUGAGUACUGGAACGAUCUCGACAAGAAACAAUGAAAAUGCCGCUCAUCGCUCGUGCAUUCUUCCUCAUCUUUUGUGCUCCUACCGGUACUCGAAGGAGCAAAAAGUCAACUUCCCCGGAUGGCCGCUGACCUUUCAUCGCAGGAUUCGAGAAAGGCUUGAGUUGCAUCUCCACGUCUCCCUUCGUAUCGAGACUCGCGUUAACGAUUCAACGUCUCGAGUUGUCAAAUGUUCAUAUGGAAACGAUUUUAAACUAGAAAGGAUAAUGACACCAAUAAUUUUUGAAUUUUGGCUAAUA